AUGAACGGAUCGGAUUUCGGCGGGCCCAAUUCGACCAGCAACGGAACCGACGGCGCGGCGUGGCCGGACAGCAACCAGUUCGAGCUGCCGUGGUGGCACCAGCUGGCAUGGACGGUGCUGUUCGUGCCCAUGAUCAUGGUGGCCACGGGCGGCAACCUGAUCGUCAUAUGGAUCGUCAUGACCAACAAGCGGAUGCGGAACGUGACCAACUACUUCCUGGUGAACCUGUCCAUCGCGGACGCCAUGGUGUCCACUCUCAACGUGUCCGUAAACUUUAGUUACAUGCUGACCAGCAACUGGACGUUCGGCACGGCCUAUUGCAAGAUCAGCCAGUUCGUGGCCGUGCUGUCCAUAUGCGCCAGCGUGUUCACCCUGAUGGCCAUAUCCAUCGACAGGUACGUACCUACCACCUGUGUGAUGUCAUAUUAUCAGCUACUUCGCUCCGUUAUCACACACAAAAUUAGGUUUACCGGGGAGAGAUGUCUGAUAUGCAGGUGUGUUAAUAAUAUCAUGAUCGUCCGUUACAGGUUUACAACAUAA